GCACGAAACGUGUGCGCGCGUCAGCCGCAUCGCCAGCAACACCGAACAAAGCUGGGAUUUUAAAUCGCUUGUUUACUUUAUUUUGCUUGAAUCUGUUGCCUGGGUCCGUUGUCAGUAAUGUGCCAGCCGUCCGAUUGAAUCUGUCCGCGGGCUCCAGAAAGGAAUGGAGGCCGCCUCCAACGUCCUAUGGACAUUCAGCACGCUAGCGGACGGCUGCGUGACCGCGGUGAGCCUGCUCCUACGGCUCAACGAACUGGUUGGCGCCGUUCUGCUGAGCGCCGUCCUCCGACUGUGUAGCGUCGUGGCCCAGAUUUCGACGUCGCUCUACCACGGCCUCUACUACGCGUGCAGAGACUUCGUGUACUUCCUCGAGGACAUCGUGGUGCUCGUCCGCUCCGUGGUCAGCGCCGUAGACUGCGCCGUUCACGGCAUCACCGUGUGCGUGCUGCUGGCGUACACCUCGAUAAUACGGGCUAUCGUCUUCAUUUACGACGUCAUCACGAGCACGUGGGACCUCAUCGUGGCGGGCCUGUUCUACGUCUCGUCUUCGGUCUCGUCUCUCGUGUCGCUUCUCCUCGGGUCAACCCUCCUGCUCCUCCAGCUUCUACCUUUCGCCGUCUGCCAGACGGCCUUGUACGCGUACAGUUCGGCCGUAAGCGUCCUGACGGGUGUCGUCGGUCUGUUCGUCGCUGUAUGCACGGUGACUUGGGGCACGGCGUCAAGGACGGUCUGUUCUGUGCGGACGUUAUUUUGGAAGCAGCCGCGGGACGUCUACGCCGGGUUCGCGAUUGCCUGUGUCCUCGCGGCCGCUGUCCGGCUGACGUUCCGUUUCCAGCUACACCGACGCCUCUUCCAGCGGCUGGUGGCGCUCCGACCACCUCGGCGACGACGGCCGUCGAGGCGAGCCGGCCCGGACCGCUCGCCUCCGUUCACGAUGACACUGCGAUCCACCCAGCGCCGGGACCGGCUCCAGUGUCUCGAGCGGGAGCUGGAGCAGGAGCGCGAGAAGCAGCUGUGCGUCGUGUGUCAGGACGAAGAACGAUGCGUCAUCCUGCUGCCGUGCGGCCACUUCGCUCUGUGCGUGGCCUGCAUGGAGACGCUGCUCGAGAUGCAGCCCACCUGCCCCGUGUGCAGGCACUUCAUCAACAGGGUCGUCAGGGUGUACGCCUAGACUAGACCGAAAAUGCUGGGGACAGUGAAGGGGGUAAACACUACAUAAUCGCUGGACCUGCCACACGUCUUAUCGUUCACCCCUACCGACUGACAGAGACCAGGGGGGGGUCACGAAAGGCGGACGGUCGAUUGGUCCGGCAAGCAUGUAUACUGCCAGCUUAGGGGUGCGUGGCGCAUACCGUAGGCGUGACGUGAUUGGGGGAUGCUCCAUCCAGCCCCGAGCCAGUUACGCUUCGUUAUGACGUACUAUGGACCGCAGUGGAUGCUACAAUGCCGUCGGAGCCAAUUUGAUGUCGUGCGAGCGUCACGUGACCUUCGAGACGGGUGCAGCAACGCACGUGGUCAUGUGAUACGUUUGCAGCGCUGGAUCAAAAAAAAUUGCUCGUAGCAUCCACUGUCGUUUGUCUCAAGGUGAAACGGGGCAUCUAUACCACAUUGUUCUGCCGUGCGUAACGCUAAGCCAAGGUGCGUGCACUGAUUUGCUGGUCAGAGCAAUGUGUGGCUUGGCUUCCAGCUGCCUCGUGAUUUGACGUUGCGGCUGUAGUCCCUCAUUGGCCGAGACAAAGUGUGACACUUUGUGUGUGUUGCGAAAGGGGACUAAGAAAGAGACAGUUCACAAAAUCGACAGACAAGAUGCACCACAUUACGCUCAACAUUGUUCAACUUCCAUCGACGAUAACCAUACCGUACCUGUACAGGCUCAUUAUUUUCUUUCUGUCUUUUUCAUGUACUUCCUUUUCUUAAUGCAUCUUGUAAUCAUCUUUUUAUACUCUUGUCUUGGUUUUUUAUUUCUUUACUGCCAUGUUAUUUUGUGUCGUUCUACUCUGCAGUAUUAUCACCUCUAAAGUCCAAAUUUGUAUAUAUCAUUUUGUGUAAAAAAAGGGAAAAAAAGAGGUUAUUUUAGGGCAUUAUUAUGGGGUUAAAAUGCCAUGAAGUAUCCGCUGAAUUCUUGCAUAGGUUCUCUAUAUUCUUUGUUUUGAAAUUUACCACAGUACCUGGUGUGUUCUGUCAAUGAUAAAAAAAAACUGAAAAAGAAUUCUGUGUCUAAUAUUCUUAGAGCGACAUCGAUGCAUUGCUCCAAAGACUAACUGAAAUGGAAGAUACAUGGUGGGCGGGCAAAGUGUAUUUGCCUGCCCAUCCUGUAUCUUCAAAACAUAUUAUGCAGUUGUAAAAGAAAAAAAUUGUACAAUGCCUUUCUAUUUGUGAGCUCAAUGUGAACACCUUGCUCGUGUGAACAGUUCAAUAGUGUGGGCAGUUUGAAGCAUCUGUAGCCUGUAGUUUCUUACGAUUAUGAUGUUAAUACAGUCUCUGGCCGUCAACUAUUGGUGAUGACCUGUUUCGAUGGCGCCACCUCGCGGGCACUCUCCCGUGACGUAGCGGGUGUGAUUUGAGCAGACGACGCUCCAAGUAAUUGCACGAAACGGUUACGUUAGUUUGUUUUUGUAUGGAAUUGAUAACUUAAUUUAUUGUAAAAAGAGUGUAUGACAUCUUUACGAGUUUUUUCCUACUGAAUUGCAACAUUUUGGAGCCACUUUUAGAAGUGGCUCGAAAAUGCUGCAGGGUCGACAAAAACAAAUGCACAAACAGUUGUGAUCAAUAGCGGGUGUAUACCGUAAAAUCCCAAGCAAGUGCCCACUCAAGAUUUGGAGAUAAUCGUAUAAAGCUGGAGGAUGGGUGAUUAUUGUCCGGGUGUUACAAAAUUAAGGGGUAAGCGCUUAUUGUGGAAUGGGCAGAUGCUCAGUAUUUUGUGGUAAUUCAUUUCUGGGAUGCCGAGGUGUCAUUGACACCCUAGAUCUUGCAGGUGUCGACCGCGGAGGUGGUUUCGCACGUCUUGCAUCGAACGGGCGAAUGAGCGGGCGUUUAGUUACAACUACUCUGAGUCAGCCAGUUGUCUCGAGCAGACGUGUUUAUUAAUGUGAAAGCAUUAACUGUCCCAUGAGCCGAAGUCAUCAGCUUUGAUGCCGCGCCAGAUGGCAUGUAAACUCCUUUCUCCAAGUGAAGCCGCAAUCUAAUGGCUCCCAGUUUUGAACCCGCGCAAAAAGCGUAGCUAAGUGGCACCUAGUUUCACUUUACCCAAUAAAGCGAAGUGAAGAUGAAAUCUGA